UCAAAAUUAGCACAAAACAUAUGACCAGCAUGGAGAAUCAGCCACGAAAAAGAGUCGCUCGCUCUUCAAAACCAGGCAAAAAGGAUGGGAAGAGUGUCAAAGCACAGACCGUUGCAGAGGAAGCAAGAAGGAGAGAGGCAGUGAGGGAGACCCUGAGAGAAAAGCUGGAUCUGGAGAAGAGGGCACUGCAGGUGGUGGAGUCUCUCCUGGAGGACAGCGUAGCAGAGGACUUCCUGGUUGACUGUGCAAGGUUGAUCACUUCUGCCAAUUACAAAGACACAGUUGAGGAGAGAUCCAUUGUGAAGCUGUGCGGUUAUCCUAUCUGUUCAAAUAAACUGGGCAAGGUCUCCAGGCAACAGUUCAAAAUUUCCACCAAAACCAAUCAAGUGUAUGACAUCACAGAACGCAAGAGCUUCUGCAGUAACUUCUGCUACAAAGCCUCCAAGUCCUUUGAGCUGCAGAUAUCUAAGAGCCCUCUAUGGUUGAGGCAGCACGAGAGCCCCCCAGAUGUGAAAUUAAUGAAGAAAGGAAAUGGCGGUAGCACUGGAGAGGAGGUGAGGCUGGUUGAGAGGCGUCUCAGAGAGGAAGAUGUGGAGAACCCCCUUCCCCUGGACUCUGAGGCCCCACAGGGCACCAGGCGCUCCCCUACAGCCGGUCACAGCGACGACAGCGACACCGAACAGGACUUUGUCUCCAGCGUGGUCUCCCAGCGACAGGGACCCAGGGUGCACUGGGGUGAUCUGCCCAAGUGCACUGCCGAAGGGGAGGGUAGGGAACCUGGAGAGGGGGAGGACAGGGAGAGAAGGUCGGGAGCGAAGGACACAAAGGUGCCCAAGCAAAUACAAACAAAUAAGGCGGAAGAAAAGGAGGAGGAAAACACAGAAGAAUCACAGAAAGCACUAACAAAAACAAGCAAUGGCACAGAUGGACCCCAACAGCACACAACAGCUACAAACCACCCCAGUGAUCAGCAACCUUUCCUGGGAGAGAGAGGCUCGCCAGAGGGCCAGUCUAUAGAGGAAGCCGCAGACCUAAUGAGCCAAGUCACAAUACAGGAUAGAGACCCAGCUCCAUCUCCUGCACCAACAGCCCACAGUGGACAGAAUCAAGAACCAGCUCCAACCCCCACCCCACAGGGGGAUCCAACCCCAGAACAGCCCACCCAGCCUGGCAUCAACAUUAUACAGGUGGGCAUGAGCAGAAGGGGAGCACAGGGGCUCCAGGGGCUCCUCAAGGGCCACGAAGCUGGGACUAAACCUGUCUCGGUCCGGCUGAACCUUCUAGAAGGCCUAAGGAGGACCUUCAACGAAUGGACGACUCAGGAGACUAUGAAGUUCCUAUAUGGCCCAGACCACUUUAGUAAAACACUGAUAGAAACAAAGAAGGUGGAGAAGGAAGAGGAGCUGGAUGAAGAUGACUUGGAGGACAUUGUGGAGGGUGGUGGGGAGGGAGGUGAGACUGAGUCCCAAGGGGGUCCAGGAAGGCCCUCAGCCCCGGCCCCAGACUACGACACCCUACGCAGGGAGACAGAGGAGAUGGGGCUGAGGGUGAGGGAGUUCUACAAAGGGAUGGAGGAAGUCCAUAGGGUGUCAGGGAAACAACAUGCCAGAGGCGGAGACUCAGAGAACCAGGGUGGUGCGCUCCCAUUGGUUGACUCCCAUGCCCAGCACCUCAUCCAGAAACGCAUUACGGUGGAGAAGCUCACUAGAGGCCUGCGAGACAUCGUGGGUCAUCUGCGUCUCACCAUGACUGAUGUCUCCAGUGACCUCAACAAGUUGGUCAGGACCUUCAGAUUUACAAACACCAACAUCAUCCACAAAGGCCCAGAGUGGACCCUGAUUGCGGUGGUGCUCCUCCAUUUGUUAUCAGAGGUAUCCCCGGUGGUGCGGGAGGCCCUGGAGAGCCCGGCCUCAGUAGAGUAUCUCUCUACUCUGAUGCAGGAGCUCCCACUGCAGGACCAGGACCUACAGAGCCUAGUCCAGCUACUCAAAACCCCAGCCCUCUGUCCACACGCACACAUAGAGAAACAGCAGACAAAUCAAUGAAACUCUAUUCUACACAACUUCUUCUAGACAACAACCCUUUACAUUUUCCCCCUAUUAUAAGAACUGCAAGGGCUAGAGAUAUCCGCCCGGUUAUCCUUUUUAUUUGUUUUGGUUGCUUUUUCUGUUUGAUUGAUUCUAUUAUAUUAUUGAGAAUUAAGAGUCAAAUAAUGACUUUCAUCUUCUCUGGGGGUAUGGACAGUGCUUGAUGUGGCUUUAGUGUUCUGAAAUGAAGACUGUUUAGGCAUACUGUAUCAUUGAAUAGGCUUGUUUUCAAACACAUUCUUACACUGGUGCAUAGUUGAGUGAAUCUGUUGAUACAGUGAAUCUGUUGAUACUGUAAAUGUCUAAAUCAAAUCUUUAAAGUUACAAGCCUCAAAUGUUUAACCCUAUGCCUCUACAACCAAAUAAAUCACACUUAGGUUUUCCACUGUGUAUAAAAACGUCAUGCGUUGUCGACUAUAUUGCCAUACAUACUGGAAGAGGAUGGUGCAAUAAAAGUGAUGCUAUUUCUCCGAACUACCUUCACAUUAAGUUUA